AGCGCGUGCGACGAAAUAAUUCACGGAUAAUUACUGCGGUACUGUCAGUUAAUUCGAGUUAAUUCCUGUGGUAUUUCUACACCAUGACGGUCCAAAAUUAGCUCGUGCUGCUGUAUGUCGGCUGUAUUUCCUUCUGCACUAUGGCCAUUUGUGAGUAGCUGUUCUUUAUCGAUAGAAAAGUAACAUGAUAGAAUAUUUACGACUGGAUGUCCGCUGGUAACGAUGGCGCGUGCCUGCCUGUUUGGAAUAUAACGAACAACAGGUGACUUUAUGUAGGCUAAAGCAAAGCGGCAAAAACUCCUCCAGGAUGAGACUGUGGACGUUGCUUUUCUUUAUCCCGGUGUGUGCAUCCUUUCCUGACCCAACCGAAACAUCUAAACACAAAGUUGGAUCUGAGAGCCGCUGCUCUCGAAGAGCUUGUAACCCCCGCAUGGGCAACUUAGCUCAGGGCAGAGUCCUGAGCACCCUGUCUAUGUGUGGAUCCAACUCUUCGGAGCCUUUUUGCUUUUACAAAGAGACCUCUGCCCUCCGCAGCAGGGGGUCCUGCCGGGCUGCAAAAUGCAGCAAGUGCAACUCUGCCAUCCCCAGCCAGGCACACCCUCCCUCUGCUAUGAGUGACUCUCCCUUCAGGAACCCUGACACUUGGUGGCAGUCUGCUGAAGGGGUGAAGGAGGAGAUGCUCCAGCUUGAUCUGGAGACAGAGUUCCUCCUAACUCACCUCAUCCUGGUGUUUCGCUCCCCCCGCCCUGCUGCCAUGGUGCUGGAGCGAUCCCAGGACCAUGGGCACACCUGGAAGACCCUCAGGUAUUUUGCUAAAGACUGUGAGGAGGUGUUUGGCCAGGCUGAGAGGUCACCUGGCUCAGAGAGUGGAGCAACCUGCACUUCAAAGUAUUCAGGAGCUUUUCCUUGCACUAGAGGAGAGGUGAUCUAUCGUGCGCUGUCACCCUGGCACUCAGUGGAUCCGUACGGAUCCGUGGCUCAGGAUCAGCUCAUGAUCACCAACCUAAGAGUCCGUCUGUUGCAGCACCAACCAUGUCCCUGCCAGACCAAACACCCUGAUGCUGCCGUCCUCCCUACACAACAUUAUGCCAUCUAUGAUUUUAUUGUGAAAGGCAGCUGCCUUUGUAAUGGACAUGCUGAGCAUUGUGUACCAGCCAGUGACUACAAACCCAGCCUACAGAACACCAAUAACAUGGUCCAUGGUAAAUGUGUCUGUAGACAUAACACGGCUGGUGACCACUGUGAGCGCUGCGCUCCUCUCUACAAUGACCGACCCUGGCAGGCUGCCAACGGCAUCACAGGGAUGCCGCACGAGUGCCAGAAGUGCAAGUGUAACGGUCACGCCAAGAGCUGCCACUUCAGUCGGGGAUUGUGGCUGGCAUCUGGACGACGGAGUGGAGGUGUUUGUGAUGAAUGUCGCCACAACACAGAGGGCCGUCACUGCCAGAACUGUAAGAAAGGCUUUUUCAGAGACCCCAGCCGACCAAAGACUGCCCCUGACUCCUGCACACCCUGUUCCUGCCACCCAGUAGGCUCUGUCCUCUCAGGUGGUCGCCCUCUCUGUAACCCCAGCAGCGGGGAGUGCACUUGUAAGCCUGGCGUCGGAGGCCCCCGCUGUGACAGCUGCAUGCUGGGAUACUGGGGGCUUCAUGAAUAUGGCUGCCGUCCAUGUGACUGCACAGGGGAGUGCGACCCCUACACCGGUGACUGCAUUUCUGGCUCCGAUGUGGAGGUCUUCUAUACAGCCAUUGGCCACAUGGGACACAGCAGCAAUAAUAGUCAGACGGCACUCUUUCGAGUAGAGGAGCUUUUCUCUGCACUGCACCACUCUGAGAAAUGUGAAUGUGUGGAGGUUACUCUCGGCAGCCCUAAACUCUUCUGUGCAGCAGAGUAUGACUAUGUGCUGCUUCUGAGGGUCAUGUCUGCUCAUGAUAAGGGCUCCCAUGCAGAGGUUGAGGUCAAGGUCAAAAAGGUCUUUUUCCAGAACCCUCAGCUGAAGAUCCAGAGGGGAACCGUCACUCUGUACCCAGAGUCAUGGACCACACAGGGCUGUACCUGCCCCAUCCUCAACCCAGGGUCUGAGUAUCUAGUGGCUGGUCAUGAGGACUGGAGAAGCGGCCGGCUGAUGGUCAACACAAAGAGCUUGGUCAAACCCUGGAAGUCAAGUCUGGGGCGCAAAAUUCUCCAUCUUCUCAGAGCAGACUGUGGCCACCGCUAAGAACUGCAAAGAAACAGAGAUAAAGCAAUGGAAACACAGACUGAACAAAAAGGACGGUAUGAAUAGGGUGUAGCUUGGUACUAAAAUGAAAGCUAAUUCCAAGGCUGAUAGCAGGACAUUUACAAGGUGGACUCUACACUACUGAGAGAUGACACUACAAAGCUUUGGUAGAAAUAAGCUCACAGUGUUAGCAGAUACCUCUUAAACUCCACUAACUUAAGGCUCCUGUGAGAAGUUUUUGGUUGGUAAUAAAACAGACUGAAAUGCAUACUGAUUUCUCUUUAAGAGCUACAAAAACAACUAAGACAAUCAGCAUAAACAUUCGGCAAUUUAUAGUGAUAGUCUGACUCAAAUUGGACUAACAUGCGUGCUAGUCUGACUUAAAAAAUACUUAAUUCAAGAACACUCUCGUCACACAUUUAACUAUUUUAUUGAAAAAUGGAUUUACACUUUUGUUUGGUGGAGAAGACUCUGCUCAAAAGAUUUUCUCUGGGUUAGUCAAGCAGCAGGCUUUGACUUUCCAGGGAGUGCAUGGCUAGAAGGCCCAUAUGGAUAGAUGCAUUUAUG